AUGAAAAUGCACAGAGUCACAGUAGUCGUCCUCGCGAUGGCGAUCUCCAGUGCUGCUGCAGCACAAUGGGGGAAAAUCUGCUCCAGUCAACCUGCAAACAAAAUCAGAGGCUGCGACUCCCAGGGCUGCGGCGGAUACAACAACCCCAGAGGAGGAGGGAGGAAGCACAGGGGAGUGGACGUGGUGUGCGAGGACGGCUCAGUGGUGUACGCACCCUUCACGGGGAAGAUCAACAAACAAGCCAGGCCCUACGGAAAUGGCAACGCCAUCGACAAUGGAGUACAGCUUUCAGGAUCAGGAUUCUGCAUUAAGAUGUUUUACAUCAAACCCGUUAAAUACAGCGGCCCCAUCAAGAAGGGAGAGAAAAUCGGCGUCCUGCUGCCCAUGCAAAGGGUCUACCAAGGAAUUAUGUCCCAUGUCCAUAUCCAGAACUGUGACUUAACAGAUCCUACUCCCAACCUGUAA